AUGAACGCACCGUUUGGAUCAAUCCCUUCGCUUCUUACAUCUCUCUCCCAUUCCUGUUUCCGUUCUGUUUCUGUGCCUCUCCACAUUGUACUUAUUGCCGUAGGCACUGAAAAAAACUGUACGCAUAGCACAGCAGAGAGCUUCCUCCUUGAAUCUAUAGUCGCAUUGUGGCGCGUGAUUCACACUCGACAUGUUCUGCGGAAUUUGACUGGCUCAGGGCACCAUUAUUCCUUUUCGAAAUUCACUCCUCCAACCUCUCAAGGGUUUAUUUUUAAUGGUGCAGAGGAAUGUGUGAUGGAUUCUCUGGAGUGUCAGGGUUUCAAAGGUGUAGAUGAGAGAUCUUGGUGUAUGUAUAUGCUAAAUAAGUAUACUGAGAAGUGUUCUGCAUUUUAUGGCAUAUCAUGUAAUUGGAUGAGGGAUAGAGAGAGCAACCCAGUUGAUGAGGCACCUAGUGGGGUUUGGGGAGGGAAUAUGGCUUUGCAGAAAUAUGCUCCUUCUGGCCAUGCUCCUUCCGUUAAUGUCAAACAUUUGACCUUUUCCAGUAAGGUGCCUAAGAAAGCUGAGCAUGACAAGGCAAAUCAGAAUCAUAACAUGGAUGUGGAUAUUGACCUUAGAGAAGUUUAUUUUCUCAUUAUGCACUUUCUUUCUUCUGGGCCAUGCCAUAAAACAUAUUUGCAGUUUUGGAAUGAGCUUCUUGAGCAUCAACUUUUGCCUAGAAGGUAUCAUGCUUGGUAUUCAAGGACUGGGGCAUGUAGUGGAGACAAAGAUGGUGAUGGUCUAUCAUUCCCUUUAAAUUACAAUAUGUUAGUGGAGAGGUAUCCUCAUGUUGAAAAGGAUCACUUGGUAAAGCUUUUGAAACAAUUGUUAUUAAAUACAGCCACCCCAUCACUGGGUAUGAAUGUUGGAAAUGCUCCAAAUGCAGCUGAUGUACCUACUCUUCUAGGAAGUGGUUCAUUUUCACUGCUGAGCUAUGAUAGGGAUAAAAUGAAAGAAGUCAAACGGCCACCUCCUCACAUGCGCUGGCCUCAUAUGAAAGCCAAUCAGGUUCAUGGGCUUAAUUUGAGGGAAAUCGGGGGUGGUUUCCCAAGACAUCACCGUGCACCAUCUAUACGUGCUGCAUGCUAUGCCGUUGCAAAACCUUCUACCAUGGUGCAAAAGAUGCAAAAUAUCAAGAGGUUAAGAGGACACCGAAAUGCUGUUUAUUGUGCUAUAUUUGAUCGGUCAGGAAGAUAUGUGAUUACUGGUUCAGAUGACCGACUUGUAAAGGUUUGGUCAAUGGAAACUGCAUAUUGUUUGGCCAGUUGCCGUGGACAUGAUGGUGACAUCACUGACUUGGCUGUGAGUUCAAACAAUGCUUUAGUUGCAUCCUCAUCAAAUGACUGUGUCAUUCGAGUUUGGCGCUUGCCAGAUGGCUUGCCAAUAUCGGUUUUACGGGGACAUACUGGAGCUGUUACAGCCAUUGCAUUUAGUCCCAGACCAAAUGCUGUAUACCAGCUUUUAUCUUCCUCUGAUGACGGAACUUGUAGGAUAUGGGAUGCAAGGUAUACCCAGUCCAGUCCAAGAUUAUAUAUUCCAAGGCCUUCGGAUUCUGUAUUAGGAAAGAGUGGUGGCGCAUCUUCGAGUACUUUACCCCAGAGCCAUCAGAUAUUUUGCUGUGCAUUUAAUGCUAAUGGAACUGUAUUUGUAACUGGUAGCUCUGACAAUCUUGCUAGGGUGUGGAAUGCUUGUAAACUUAGUAUGGAUGACACUGACCAACCAAAUCAUGAGAUAGAUGUGCUAUCUGGGCACGAAAAUGAUGUCAAUUAUGUUCAAUUCAGUGGAUGUGCAGUAACAUCUCGGUUUUCCACAGCAGAAACUUGGAAGGAGGAAAAUAUUCCCAAAUUUAAAAAUUCCUGGUUGAAUCAUGACAACAUAGUGACCUGCUCUCGUGAUGGGAGUGCUAUAAUAUGGAUUCCUAGAUCACGGAGAUCACAUGGAAAAAGUGGUCGCUGGACACGAGCAUAUCAUCUGAGAGUUCCCCCUCCACCUAUGCCUCCUCAACCUCAGAGAGGUGGUCCACGUCAGAGAAUUCUACCAACUCCACGUGGUGUAAAUAUGAUUGUUUGGAGCCUUGACAACCGCUUUGUCCUUGCAGCUAUUAUGGGUAAGUUGGUUUUGUUUCCCUUUGUCGGAAAUUGUUUCUAUUCCCAAGGAAUUAAUGAGUAG